AGAGCUCUCUCCUCACUCAUGUUACUCAUGCCAGACCUUGGGAAGCAGAGAAAUCAGGGCUAAUGAACCAUCUAAGUACAGGCCAUGAGGGUUCGAUUUUGUACCAAAGGCAAUUUAAUUUUAGUUAUAAUUGAGGAAGUCGAAGAAAGCAUUGAAUGGGAGACAUUGCAGAAGAAGGAACAGCAUAAAAUCAAGGAAAAACUUAGAAUAAGAACAAAAGCAGCUGUAAAGAUCCAGGCCUGGUGGCGGGGCACCCUGGUGCGCAGGACACUGCUACAUGCAGCCCUCAGGGCCUGGAUAAUUCAGUGCUGGUGGCGGAUGAUGCUGUCAAAGGUGCUGGAGAAGAAACGGCAGGCAGCUCUGAUCGCCUACGCAACCACAGAGAGGGCAGUGAUCAAGCUCCAGUCUUUGGUCCGUAUGUGGCGCGUCCGCUGGCGAUACUGCCAGGUGCUCAAUGCCAUCUACGUCAUCCAGGGCCACUGGCAAUGCCACAACUGCCAGACCUGCGCUCUCCUCCGGGGCCACUGUGUGGUCACAGCCACUCACUUGCAGUUCCACAUUGAGAUCAUCAACUCCUAAGGGCUGGCAAGAAGGGCACUGUGUCUACUGUCCCUAUUAAAGGUCUAACCUGG